AUGGGCGACAAUAGGAUGGUCAACCACUUCCUCCAGGAGUUCAAGCGAAAGUACAAGAAGGAUCCGUCUGAGAGUAAGCGUGACCUCCGCCGCCUCCGUACCGCUUGUGAGCGUGCGAAGCGUACCCUCUCUUCCUCCGCCCAGGCCAGCGUGGAGAUCGACUCUCUUUUUGAGGGCAUUGACUUCUACACCUCCAUCACCCGUGCCCGCUUUGAGGAGCUCUGUGGUGACCUGUUCCAUGGCACUCUUGAGCCUGUGGAGAAAUCCCUCCGUGAUGCCAAGAUGGACAAGGCCCAGAUACAUGACAUCGUGCUCGUGGGCGGCUCCACCCGCAUCCCACCGCUGCCACCAGUCUACUUAACAUCUGGGUAA